AUGUCGAUGGGAAGCGACUCGACGUGGGUGGGGACGAAACCGAUCAGGCGCAUUGGCGGAUUGUCUGAUUCUCUCUCCAUCGCCUCCGAUCUCGGUUACGCCGUCGCUCCUCCUCCAUCGCAGGAAGAAUUACAAAACUUGGCAUCUUCAAAUGGCGAUUCAAUAAGGGUCUUGGGAGAGUUAUCUGCUGAUGAGAAAAAUGUGGCGCAUUUGACUCAUGCGAGUGAAAUGCAAAAGAUGAUCGAGACUCUGUCAAGGAUGACUCAAAUAUUGAAUAAUGUUAUACAAAACAAGGACCGCGUCAUUGCUCGUCUCCAACAACCAUAUUCACUUGAUUGCAUUCCAGUUGAAGCGGAAUAUCAGAAACAAUUCUCUGAGUUGCUAAUGAAAGCAGCCAGUGAUUAUGGCGCCUUAACAGCAUCAGUAUCUGAUUUUCAGUGGAGCCAAAACUUUAAAGAACCUCCUUCAGUCUGGGGGGAAAUGCUGCGUCCAAUACCCGUGGCACUAGCAUCAUGCACGAGAUUCUUUGAGGCAAUGUCUGCGAUGAGAGAAUCAUUCGCAACUCUUCGAGACCUUCGAGUUGGUAACUCAGCAUCUUCAUCUUCUUCACCAGGAGGGAACGAAAUGACUCAGAAGAAGAAGAAGAUGGUAAUAGCAAUGAGAAUGGUGAAGUUGACCGGAGACUAUCUUGGCCUCCGUCGGUUAAUAAGAGUAGCGUUUGAUCAGGUGGUGUUGCUUUUGCUUGAGGUGAUUUUAAGCUUAGUGUACCAGUAA